UUAACGUCGAUUCUGAUAUGUUUUGGCAUUUGUUUCGACACAUAGUAUACAUUUGUGUACCAUAAAAGAAACUACAGCUGGAUUCAUCGAAAUCGCAAUCAAUUGUCUAUGAAUCACCCAUUACUGUGACAAUGUGUUGUACAUCUCUGAUUGUUUCUAUCGAGAAAUCGCUUUAAAAUCUAGGUUUCGAUAAAAAUCAAGCAUUUGUGUAAAUUGUGUUUUUAAGAAAAAUAAAAUUGUAGUAAAUUAUGCAGUUACCCUUUUAUAAAGGGGUUUAAAGGAAUGAAUGAGAAUUAUAGCAAAGAUUGUUUAGGGCUUUGUUUAAGGAUAUCCGUACUUCAUCAAACGUGGAAGUGGUUGCAUCAAACAAUCGCGUUACAUGAAUAUUUGAUAUCUGUUACUGCAGCAAGUUCAGCAGGAAGUUACGGUGAUACAAAUUUGAUAUAUUUCAAGGUCGCCAAAGAACAUCAAAGAAAUUAAAAUAAACUUAUUCAAUACACUCUUAUAUUUAAAAUAACAUUUUCUAAUUAUAAAUAAUGUGUAUUAAAGCCAUGUGUUACAAGCUACGUUAACAAGUUGAAAGAAAUAUAAUUGUUAAGUAAUAGUCGUGAAAAAGUUAAACUCGGUUUUAAAAAAUUUUGUUAUAACCAUGAAUACCAUAAUAUCCAAAGGUUACAAAGGUGGCAUUCAUAAAUGCUUAUACUCUGUGUUUGAAGAAACACAUACUAAUCUACCCCGAAAAUUGGUUUAUACGAUUUACAAAAAUCAAAACAAGAAGACACCAAAUAAGUAUGGAUUACCCCCGUCGUCAUAUGUAACCAAACCAACUAAGAUUAAUUUAAACAGUUCAAAUGUUACAAAAAUAUCUGAUGCCAACAUUAUAAAAUCAGUGUUCAUUUCACAAUCAUAUGAUAUAUUUACAAACUUAGCUCUGGAGGACUGGUUGUAUAGAAAUUUCGACUUCACCCAUCACCACGUAUUAUUGUUAUGGGUAAACGAUCCAUGCGUUGUAAUAGGACGUCAUCAGAACCCUUUUAUGGAAACAAAUGUUUCGAAAUUGGAUUUAAAAGGUGUGACUAUAGCUCGUCGUAACAGCGGUGGUGGGGCAGUAUACCAUGAUCGUGGUAAUCUCAAUUGCACAUUUUUUACACCACGGGAACGAUAUAAUAGAAAAUAUAACUUGAACAUUUUAACAAGAGCACUUUUUCGAGAAUGGGCCAUUAAAUCGGAUAUAAAUGAACGAGACGAUGUAUGUUUCAACGAAAAAAAGUUGUCCGGUACGGCCGCAAAAUUAGGAUAUCCGAAUGCGUAUCAUCAUUGCACACUUCUUGCUAAUACUAAUAAACUCAACCUAGGAAAUUGUUUAAGCAAAGAAAAGGUCAAUUAUAUUAGCAAUUCAACGCCUUCAGUUCGCUCACCAAUUAAAAAUUUAUGUGAAAUAAAUCGCAAUGUCAAUACAUCGCAGUUAAUAUCUUCAGUUGGUUAUGAGUACCUGAGAACUUUUGCUACAGAGUUAAGAGAUGGCGGAAAUCAACAAAUUAUGAAACAACGUGGUUUCCAACUUAUCAAUCCCACAGAAAAAUGGUUUCCAGGAAUUGGCGACUUAAGAACAGAAUUCAAUUCUUGGGAGUGGAUAUAUGGUAAAACACCGAAGUUUUCAGUUGAAAAGGAGUUAUUCUUAAAAGAUCAGGAUAAAGAACAUAAAAUGAUUCUCAAUGUACAAGUGGAAAAAGGUCUGAUCCUCAAUGUAACUAUUACGAUGCCAAAUCGAGAGCAACUACCGGUGGUAUCUAGCUUACAUCGCAAAUGUUACAAUGAAGAAAACUUAAGUAAAAUUAUAAAUGCUCUUAAGUUAGCAUCUACCGACAACAUAAUACAAGCUAUAAACAGCCAUUAAUAUAAUUUGUAUAUUUUCUUCAUUUUCAAAUAAAUAGAUUCAAUAAAUGAUUAGUUAUAAUGAUUUUGAAAUAUAAGAUAUUUCAUAACCUUA